AUGUCUGACAACUCUCGGACUGAUACCGUAACAGCAUCCUCCAUGGCGCCAACCACCUUCCCUCCUGCCUUCCUCAUAGGUCCUAACACUAUCACAAACCCCCUAGUCGGUCUUGACUACGUGAAGGGGCACUUGAGAUUGCUGGGUGCAUUCGCGACGAGUCUCAGCAAGCGUGUGCAGUUGUGUCCUGAAGAGGAUUUGCCGCAGCUCGCACGCGGCCUGGAUUCGAUUCCUGAGGCACCGCGCAGAUGGGCGUGGUUUGUUUACCUGGCUGUGGAGAGAUUCCGCCUCUGGGUCAAUUGUGUGACGGCAAAUAAAGAUAUAGAGGCUUGGGUUACAAUGGAAAUUCCCCCGCUCGACGUGCUCAUGGUCUGGCACGCCUACAUGCUCAAUCCGACGUACGUUUGUGGUAUGCAGAAGACUGUCUACGCGUACCUACGCUCCGAGUACAGCCUUCAUGCCCUGAACGAUAGGCUCAUACGUGCAGUGAUCGUCAUGGGUGAUCCUGCUCAGUAUCAGCCAUCGGAGAAACGCGGGCUCACAUGGCUCGAGCAGACGGGCACGCCGUUCGAUCCCAUCGAGGCUCUCAAACAGAUGUCCCACCACGAAGUUGUCUGCCCCAGGUGCGGCGCCACAAAUGCUGCACACUUGGCGAAGGACCAUAAUGAUCCAGAUGCGAAGCUGGAUACGUACUUCCCUGGUACACUGCGCAGCCCAACAGAUGUCAUCCUUACCAAGCGCGCGAGAGCGAUCAAAGAGCGGAUCGUCUCCUACGGCAAAGUGCGCCGGCCGAAGGGUUAUACGCCACAGCAAUGGAGAUCCAAGAUUAAGGAGGACUUCAGCUACUCAAUCAGUGAACUUCGGGAUGUGGCGCGACCUGCGGCUGCUAGCAUGGGAGUCAUGAAGCGGAUGAUCUUCAGCGCGUAUACCGAUGACAGCCCGUUCUCAAUAGAUCUCGUUGGGGCCGUCAUUCGUCAGUGCACGUUCACGAACAAGAUGCACGCUUUUGGGUGGACUGCCCCAGGAUACUUCGACACACCUGGCGAUGGGGUUGUUCUCAUACACGCGAUCACGCGAUACCAUGCGUUUCUCGAUUUAAUGACUGGGUCGCCGGCCUCGUUCUUCGUGCCUACGCUGGACAUUGACCUUGUAUGGCACACUCACCAGUUGAUGGCAGGCAGGUAUUCGGACGACUGCAAGCGAUACGUUGGGCGGUACAUCGACUACGAUGAUAAAGUAGAAGAAAACCGCAUCGCGAAUGCGUUUGACAUUACAUGUCAGGCCUGGCAACAACAUUUCAAAGUCCCAUAUACCCACUGCGGUUGUCCGCUUCCUGGCGACACCAUCGGCGAUCGACUCCAGUGCCUCACGCGCAAGUUCAUGUCCAACAAAGUUUCACGGCCGCCGGCCAGCCCGACCGCCACUCACGCGAGCGAGCAUAACGCGGCCGGGCUGUGGAGCUUCAAAGCUUCACCGGCAGAGGGUCUUGCGCCAGCAGAAGAUGAAUUACCGCCGUGA